UGGCGACCCACCGAAUGCAACACUAACCUAAUCACAGUAUUUUAUUCGUAUUCUUAAAGUAGUCAGCUGAUUAAUAAUAAAGAUCGUCAAUUGAUUGAUAAUUACAAAUGAAUUGAUCAUUGAGUCAUCAAUGUGGAUUUUGUUGGACACAUUUUGAGUGAAAUUAUUGGAGGGAGCUGAGUAAAUAAAAAUGAAUCUAAUCAUGAGGAGAAUGUUAAAGCGAGUACUGUUAUUAACAAAAUACUCUCCCCCAAGCCGAACUAUUCACAAUUCUCCACAAUUAACGUCAUCAGCACUAGACAAAAUAGAACAAAAUGAUAACAGCAAAUGGAGGGAGGAACUGCUAUCAACAAUGCGAAUAUUUCCGGAAUUCAUUACUCGAAGAGAGGAGGAGGAGUUGUUCAACGAGGUCGAACCGUACAUGAAACGUCUCCGUUAUGAGUUCUCCCACUGGGACGAUGCCAUUCACGGGUAUAGGGAGACAGAGAGAGCUAAGUGGAACGAAGAGAAUACUAAAAUCAUCGACAGAGUGAGGAAACUGGCCUUUCCACCAGGAAUGCCACAACUGGGGCUUGUUCAUGUUCUGGAUUUGGCUCCGGAGGGAAGGAUAAAGCCCCAUGUCGAUAGUGUCAGGUUUUGUGGAGAUGUGAUAGCCGGACUAAGUCUUCUAACCGACUGCAUAAUGAGGCUAACUCUGGUGGGAAACGAAAAAGACUGCCGAGAGGAUUUUCUCCUUCCUCGCAGAUCGCUUUACAUAAUGAGUGGUGUAGCUCGUCAAAAGUACAAUCAUGAGGUAUUAGGCCCAGAAGAAUCGAUAUAUCAAGGAGAGAAGAUAAUCAAAGGUAGACGUAUUUCUGUAAUAUGCAGAAGUGAGCCUGACAGCGAGCAGGACCCUAAAAAUAGAGUGUAAAUCUCUUCUUAGGGACUUCAAUAGAAUAUUAUACACACGAAUACACGUGACAUGAUCAUAAAGUUGAUGUACAAAUCACUUAAAAUCAAAUUUCAUUCAGCGAAGCACGAAUUACAAAGGUGUCUCCACCUUCCACCUCAUUUUAUAAAUAAUCAUUAAUCUUUAAUUUUGGAACGGACGUUAUUGUAGUUCAAUUAAAUUGUUGAAAGCAUCUGCAA